AUGAAUUGGCACGCACUCUUCUUCUCUGCCAUGAUGGCAGUGGCCUAUGGCCAGCAGGCUGGAACAUCGACAACUGAGACACACCCUUCUCUUACCUGGCAGAAUUAUACUUCCAGCGGUAGCUAUACGACAGUGUCAGGCUCCGUGGUGAUUGAUGCCAACUGGCGUUGGGUUCACUCUACCUCCGGUUAUACCAAUUGCUACACUGGAAACACGUGGGAUGCUAGCCUUUGCCCCGAUGAUGUAACAUGUGCUGAAAACUGCGCCCUGGAUGGUGCGAACUAUGAGUCAACCUAUGGUGUUACUACCAGUGGCGAUGCUCUGACUGUGGGAUUUAAGACCGGUUCCAACGUUGGAUCUCGCCUAUACCUGCUACAGGAUGAUGAUACGUAUGAAAUUUUCAAGCUGCUGAACCGGGAAUUCACUUUUGACGUGGACGUCUCAACCUUGGUUUGUGGGUUGAACGGGGCGCUCUAUUUUGUCGCCAUGGAUUCUGAUGGUGGGCUAUCCAAGUACGAAAACAACAACGCCGGAGCCAAGUAUGGCACUGGCUAUUGUGACUCUCAGUGUCCUCGUGAUCUGAAAUUUAUCAAUGGUCAGGGUAAUGUGGACGGCUGGGUGGCCUCAACUAACGACGCCAACUCAGGCGUUGGCGACCACGGCUCUUGUUGUGUGGAGCUAGACAUCUGGGAAGCCAACAGCAUCUCAACAGCCCUGACUCCUCACCCUUGCGAUGAUCCUGGCCAGACAAUGUGUGAGGGCACCGACUGCGGUGGUACCUACUCGGAUGAGCGCUAUGCUGGCACUUGUGACCCUGAUGGCUGCGACUUCAACCCGUACCGUAUGGGCAACACCAGCUUCUUCGGUCCAGGCAAGGACGUUGACACCAACUCUCCGAUAACCGUGGUAACGCAGUUCGUCACAUCCGACGGCACUGAUACCGGUACUUUAAGCGAGAUCAGGCGUCUCUAUGUGCAGAAUGGUAAGGUCAUUUCCAACUCUGCAUCUGACGUCAGUGGUGUAUCUGGUAACUCAAUCACCUCAUCGUUCUGCACAGCCCAAAAAUCUGCAUUUGGCGACACAGACUACUUCUCGCAGCACGGCGGUCUUUCGGCAGUGAGCGCUGGUCUGGAACAGGGAUUGGUUCUCGUUAUGAGUCUGUGGGAUGACCACUACGCCAAUAUGCUUUGGCUUGACAGUGAUUAUCCCACCAAUGAGCCAUCCACUGACCCUGGCGUUGCUCGUGGCACCUGCUCUACCUCUUCUGGUGAUCCCGACGAUGUUGAAGCUAACUCGGCCUCUGCCAAAGUUAUUUUCUCUAACAUCAAGUUCGGCCCCAUCGGUUCAACCUAUUCUUCUUAA